AAGUGGUAAUUCUACGACUGCCUGUGCCUCGAGGAAGGCGAGGCCGGCCGGGGGCUGAAGCAGCUGUAGAGAUGACGAACAUACCGACUGCACUGCACGAUGCGCCGAAUUCUCCAGUCCAGUCGCGUGCAUGACCAGUGCCAAAGAUAGUGCUGGCACGAUCGGAUGAAUCUUCUGGCCUCGCUCGCGCGGCUCUGCUGCAAAGAUCCCCCGACACGAUCGUCCUUGUGAAUUCCAUCCUGCGUGAAUGCUCGCUCCAGCAUUUUCUGUCUCAUUGGCAUCCGGCUCGUCAUGAUCUGAGGCCUUGAGCUUUUAUGACUCCCUUCUUAGCCCUGCUCUCUCUGCAGCACAGCAGUCCAGCCACCGGACUUCGUACUCUCGAAGACAUCAUCAUCAUCAUCCCCGUCGUACUUACUCGCUCGAGAUCUAGGUCCAUAUUCGUGACGAGAGGGUCAUGAUUAUUGGCGUUUCGCGGUCCUCAAAGUAGACGAAUUCUGUCUGAGUGAGUGGAGAGGAGUGGAGUGGAUCGAGGAGCUUCGGUUGGACUUAGUGGUAUCGAUAUCGAUGCGCGCAAGGUGAAUUGUCUGGAUCGUGGGAGGGUGGGGUGGGGCGAGCAGAUUCGAUGAUGACUCCGGCGGUGAAGCGGCUCGUGUUGAACGAGGAUGUGUGGAAGAUUAUAGAGGAGGAAGAAGAGAGGCCGAUCGAGUCGUCCAUUUUUCCGCGAGGCGAGAAGGGCGACGACAUCGUCGUCGUGCCCUCGUUCGAUGGCAACAAAACGUGGCGAGAAUCGCUGGACUGGCUCUACCGCUACUCGCAGUGGGCCAACCAGGAAGGCCUGUCGGAUGAUAAGGCUCUGCUGUACGCGCUCAUGCACAUGAAACAUAAGGCCGGUCGCUGGGGCCAGCAAUUCCCCCGCAGUGGCACCUGGCCCGACUUCCUCAAGGGCUUCUUCGAGCGAUACAUUCCUACCGUAGAUUGCAGAUGGUUCCUGCAGUGGUACAGGAAUGAGCGAAAGAAGAACCAAAUCAUCUGGUACACAGCGAGAGAGCUGUCGAAGGCGACGAAUUAUUUCUCGGAGGGGAAUUGCAUCGGAGAGGACAGAUUGGGGAAAAUCUACAAGGGCUCGUUGCCCAACGAGGGCAAGCAACCGUUCGCGGUGAAGAAGUACAAGAAGGACGUGAAGACGGACUCGCUGCUCGAGGUGAUCAAGGAGACGCGCAGCAACCGCGAUGUGCUGGCCUUCGGGCACCCUAAUGUGCUCAAGCUGCUGGGAUUCGCGUUCAGCGAGAGGAACCCGCUGCUCAUGUACGAUCUGGUGCCCAAUGGGUCGCUCGAGCAGCACCUGCAGAGCAAGACCGAGGAGCUCUACUGGGGCAGUCGCUUGACCGUCGCCAUCGACGUGGCCGACGCCAUCAGACAUCUGCACUCGAGCAAUUACAGCCAGACGCCCAUCUGUCGGCGCGACGUCAGGUCGUCCAACAUUCUGCUCGACAACAGCUGUAGAGCCAAGCUCGGCGAAUUCGGCAUCGAGGACGAUUCCGGCAAAGAUCUGCCUCCCAGCCCUAGCCUCAAACCGGGAGUGUCCAAGAUCGUGGAUCCUUUAAAGCUCAAAAGCGGACCCACGACCAAGAAGAACGAUGUCUACAGCUACGGCGUGGUGCUCAUGGAGCUCGUAUCAGGCAAGAAAGCUUGGGUCAGCGAGGUUCCGACCGAAUUGUUCCCGGACUUGUGGCAGAUGAAACAAGAAGCCGGCAAAUUGGACGACAUUCUCGAUCCCUACCUGAAAUCCGCAGGGAUCGCAUGCGUGGAAGCGUUCCAGGAAGUCAUAUUCUUGGCGGUCAAAUGCUGCUCCAAGCGCGUGGACGCCAAGCAAACCAUGGCCACCGUCGCCACGGAGUUGCGCGCAAUUCUGCGCAAAGGAGUGACAUCCGAAAUUCAGCGACUGUCCAAGCUCUGGAAAGAGGCCAUCGACAAGCCGCAACCCGGCAGCGUGGACAGCUGCAUGCGGCUCGUGGAGAGGCUGGAGCGCGUCAUCGACCAUCCGAGCCUCAAGUCCGAUGUUUCGCGACUGCUGGACCCGUUCAAGAAUCUCAAGAGCUCGCUCUUCGAGGAUUUGAAAAUCAAGGAAGGAGUGUACGAGAAGGGCCCCACUCCUCCUCCUCCGCAGGGCUAUCGAUUAGACAACCCUCCGCCCAUUCGACGAUCGGGUUUCGACGGCGCCGUCACGCCCAGACCCUCAUUCUUCGAUGGUCCCAUGACUCGUGCACCUCCCACCCAGUUCACACAGGAGAUGGCUAUGAAGCUGAAGCAAUUGCUGUAACUUCUUCGGCUCGUUCGUUCUUUCUCCAUUAAUCAAUCAUCCAUCUCAGAACACGACCUUCGACAAGUAGUAAUUAGUUGCAGACGAAGACGAAGAUGUAGAGUCCGGAGUCUCCAGAAGCGGAGAUUUCCACCAUUUUGAUUCACUCGACCAUUAUACGAAUGUAUUCAUUCAUUCACCAUUUGUAAAUACUUAGUCCACAUACAGGACUCUUGCGGUCCUUGAAACCAAUAUACCAGCCGACCAAUUGUACUUCUUU